UGUCAAUGUCCGUCGGCACCUGCACCGGCCACAACAGUGUAACAGCAGGUCUGGCUGCUGCCUCCAGGUUGAAGGAGGCAGGCUGUGAACCUACUCUCAGCCCUGCAGGCAACUGACCCUCCAGUGGUUCUACUAUAACUCCAAGACCCCCAUCAUCCCAGAGAAUGGAUCCACCCUCCAACAACGUGAGGCAGAAGACCUCCUGGGCCAGUUUACCUCAUGCUCCCUCUCUCUAGCUGCUGCUGAGGCUCAGAAUUCACAACGUAAACCUCAUGGCUGGGUUUCAGCAUCUGUCUGUGAACUUCCUGACAAACGUUUGAUGAACCCGUCCGCCUGAAGGAGCAUUCAAAAGUCAAACCAAAGUGACCCAGGCUGCCGACUGUGAGCAGUUAGUGCGUCUGCGGUCGAGUCUGUAAUCAUGGGGAAAGAACAGGAUCUGCUGGUGGCAGUGAAGAGCGGGGAUCUCCUGCUGGCUCACAAGCUUCUCUCCAAAGUCAAGUGCAACAAAACCAAGUUGCUGGGGUCGACCAAGAGGCUGAACAUCAACUACCAGGACUCAGACGGCUUCUCUGCCCUGCACCAUGCUGCUCUGACAGGAACCACGGAGCUGCUGUCCCUGCUGCUGGAGGCCCAGGCCACGGUGGACAUCAAGGACAUCAACGGCAUGCGUCCCCUCCACUAUGCAGCAUGGCAGGGUAAAGCCGACUCUGUCUUAUUGUUGCUAAGAGCCAACGCUUCAGUUAACUCCUCUUCCCAUGAUGGACAGAUACCGUUACACCUCUCCGCUCAGUAUGGACAUUAUGAGGUGUCUGAGAUGUUGCUGCAGCAUCAGUCGAACCCCUGCAUGACGAACAAGGCGAAGAAGACUCCUCUAGAUCUGGCCUGUGAGUUUGGGAGACUGAAGGUGACUCAGUUGCUGCUGAGCAGUAACAUGGUGACGGCGCUGCUAGAAGGGGACGGAGGGCUCGACUGCCUCGACUCUCCAACCACUACCCCCCUCCACCUGGCAUCCAGGAAUGGACACAAAGACAUCAUCAAGUUGCUGCUGAAGGCUGGUAUUGACAUCAACAGAUCCACCAAAGCGGGAACAUCGCUGCAUGAAGCUGCCCUCUACGGCAAAACUGAAGUUGUGCGUCUGCUGCUUGAUGCUGGCAUCAACGUGAACAUGCGCAACACUUACAACCAGACAGCUCUGGACAUCGUCAACCAGUUCACCACUUCCACAGCCAGCAGGGAAAUCAAACAGCUGCUCAGAGAGGCAUCAAGUUCUCUACAGGUCAGGGCGGUGAAGGAUUACUGGAACCUCCACGACCCCACGGCUCUUAACCUCCGGGCUGGAGAGCUCAUUAUGGUGGUGGAGCAGCACGCAGACGGCCGGUGGAAAGGUCACGUCCACGACACGCAGCGGGGGACGGACCGAGUGGGCUUCUUCCCGCCCUCAGUGGUGGAGGUCCUCAGCAGACGAGCAGGGGGCACUCUCUCCCGUCAAGCACCACUGCCUUGCCACCGACAACACUUUGCGUCCAGAGCUCCGCCCUCAAGCCAUGGCUCCACCCCUCAGUCUGACGACUCAUUCAGCCUCGGCUAUGAUCCAGCAGGUGACAGACACAGUGUCGGCAGUGCCGGCAGUGUGGGCAGCAGUCGCAGCGCCGGUAGUGGCCAGAGCUCGGAAAGCAGCCACAAACAGAACGGGACUCGCCACAACGCUGACACUGGCAAGCUGACUCCCUCUGCUGGUGAAUCAGGAGACCACAUCCACCUUGCAGGAGCAGAUCGCAGCAAACAGGCUGAUGGAUCCACAGGUGGCUCCCGCCGGCAGGUCAAUGGCACUCCUCAGAAAGGCUUCGUACGACCAGAACACCUUCUGGAGGGCAAGGACUCUGAGGCCAUCUACCAGUGGUUGUGCGAGUUCCAGUUGGAGCACUACACAUCCAAUUUCAUCAGCUCAGGAUAUGAUGUGCCAACCAUCAGCAGGAUGACCCCAGAGGACCUGACAGCCAUCGGAGUGACCAAACCUGGCCACAGAAAGAAGAUCUCUACGGAGAUUGGAAAGCUCAGUAUCCCUGAGUGGCUGCCUGAUUACACUCCUUCGGACCUGGGGGAGUGGCUGAGCGUUAUUGGACUUCCUCAGUACCAGAAGAGAUUGUGCGACAACGGCUACGACUCCAUCACUAUUGUCAAAGACAUCACCUGGGAGGACCUGCAGGAGAUAGGCAUCACCAAACUAGGUCAUCAGAAGAAGCUCAUGUUGGCAGUGAAGAGACUUUCUGACCUUCAGCGCUCUCGUAACAAUGCCGACCGAACCGGAGGUGGCACUCUCAGACGGAAGCCCCCCGGCGUACUGGAGCUGGUGGCUAUCGAACACCCUCCAAUGCACAACGUGCACGCUCACGUACUCUCUGACGCCCCGUCUGACACCUGCUGCUCCUCCCCUCGCACCCCCAGGGCCCUCCUCUCCUUCCAGGACAGCGAGCUGAGCGCUGAGCUGCAGAGUGCCAUGAUAGGCAGGGCGGGCGGAGGAGCCGGAGAAGCAUUCGGCAUCAGGGGGGUGAGCUCGGCAGCAGCCAUGACGGCAAUGUCCGUGAGUCAGGAGAGCAUUAGUGUGCGGUCACGUGGCUCAGGGAAUUCUGGGAAUUCUGGGAAUUCUGGAAAUUCUGGAAAUUCUGGAAAUUCUGGAAAUUCUGGGCACUCUGGGCAUUCUGGAACUUCUGGACAUUCUCAUGAGCACCAUGUCAUGCCGUCAUCAGCCAGAGCAGCCAGUCGGUCUGAGGAGAGUCUGGAGAGUGGAGGGAGCGAGGAGGUCAAGCGAGGAGGAAGAAGUCCUGGAAGCCGAGGGCGACAGAGACCCACCGAGAUGUGGGAUCCCCAGAGUCGGUCUGCCACUCCCAGCAAACUCCCCUUCUCACCCCUCACACCCCCGCUGACCCCCAGCAAAAUGCCUCGCUUUGCCUACCCAGCUGUUCCACCCAAGGCCAAACAUGUCCAGUCUAACCGCCUCUACCAGCCCCAGCACCAGCCGUCCUCCUCACCAUCCUCUCCAUCUCCACAGCCGUCGCCCACACAGAAGGCCUUCAGUUACCUGCAGGCUCUGGCAGGAGGCGUCAGCGCGGCGCCACAGGGUCUCUCAAGGCCUCUGGCAGGGGCCGUCCCCGUGAUGGGACCCCGGCCUGGACAGGUCCAAGCUGACGGCGCCCAGAGGGGCCCGCACAAGAAACGCGCCCAAAGCCUCACACGGUACGCCCUGUCCGACGGCGAGCCGGAGGACGACGACCUUGCUCCGUCCAGCUCAACUGCUUCCUCUGUAGCCAUGCCUUCCUACGCCACGCUGUCCCGCAGGCCGGGACGCGGGCACACCAGCGCCAUGGGGGCCCAGCGGCAGAUCAACCGCAGCCAUUCCUUCGCCGUGCGCUCCCGACGCAAAGGGCCGCCCCCGCCGCCACCGAAGAGGAUGAGCUCGGUAAGCGGCGGCCCACCGUGCCAACCAGGAAACUGGAAAGAGGCAGAGCCAGAGGGGAUGGGAGGCCAGGAGAUCGAGAGCGUUGGCAGCGUGAGGAGCAUCGCAGCCAGGCUGGAAGGAAGCAGCAGUGGCAGCAGCAGUCCAUCGAGGAGGAUCGACAUUCCACCGACCCACAUCCCCAUCACCCCUGUCUUCAGCCCUGUUUACUCACCGAUUCCUUCUCACAUCAUCCUCCAGCACACAAAACCUGUCCCUGCCUUGGGCUUAAGUGGCUUAAGGAGGACAGGAAGUGAGAGGGCAGAAGGAGACGCUGACAGACAUAGAAGCAGAACUACAGAGGGAACACCUGAAGAGAAGGAGAGAGACAGAAAAAGCGAUAGAGUAUCGAAGAGUGCUAACGCGUCUCCAAAGCGCGGCUCAGGUGAGCACCUGCCCUUCGCUGAGGAGGGGAACCUGACCAUCAAACAGCGGCCCAGGGUUGCACUCGUCCCCCAGGCAGACGCUGAUCUGAAGACUCCUCCUGAGGAUCCGCUCCAGAGUCCAAACGGCCUGGAGGUCCCCGAGUUCAACCUGAAGGAGUCUGACACGGUGAAAAGACGGCACAAGAACAAAGACAAAGACGCAUCCACGCCAGAGGAGGCGUCCGCUCCCACCAGAGGGGACCUGAGGACGCUGAGCGAUGAAGAACCUCUGAGAAGCAUUUUCCAGAGAGUUGGCUCCAUGGGAAAAGGCCCGAAGCCUCAAGUGUUCUCUAAACCAUCCAGUCCUCUGAAACAAGCCGCUCACAGCAGACCAACCACCCCGCUGACACCAGCCUCUCCACUAAGAGCCAGCGCACAAACAGCCAUUCCUAAACUAACCAGCAUACAGAUUCACACUGUCUCACCGAAGCUGGGUGGCAGCAUACACACACACACCUGUAUACCCAGUCCUAAAGCUGGGAAACCUCCUCAGACAAUGGGGUCCAAGCCUGAGAGUCCACAGAAAGCUGCGGGUGUGUGUGCAUCUCCUCUGCGACUCCCUCAGCACGGCUCGGCCUCGCCAUCAACAGCGGGAACAAACUUCAGUAUGGGCCACAGUGUCGGGUUCGUCGCUCCAUCGUCCCCCUCCUACUCCGCCUCAGCGCUACCGGGCCUGAUCGGGAGAGCAGGGGGGGCUCAGCCGGGCGUGGCCGGUCUGGAGCUGCUGGCUCAGAAGAGGCUGGAGCAGACCAGCACGUCACUGGAGGCUGCUCUCAAAGUGGUGGAGAACAAACUGGCACAGGGGAGCAGUGUGGACAGCGGCAGCGGCAGCGUGAAGGCAGCAGGAAACAUCCUGGACGACAUCAGCAACAUGUUUGACGACCUGGCCGACCAGCUGGACGCCAUGUUGGAGUGACUUCACGGGCCUCUUUCCUCAAAGGGAGAAAACAGAGGAGAAGCACAGAGACAGAGGAGCUCAGAGCUGCUGCAGGACUCUGGACGGACCGAUAAAGUCCCCCCCCACCCACAGCCUCUCCUCAGCAUCAUCUCCCUCCCCUUUUUUUUUUCUCAACGCGAGCACUUCGCCCGAGGACACACACCUGGGAAUGUUACUGGAGAGAGAAACACACAGUGGCUGCAGCAUCAGCCUCCGGACGUGUGUGUGUUCAGGACAUUAACACUAAAGGGAAUGAGGGUCCAUUUUAUUCACGUCACUUGUAAAUAUAUAGAUAAAUCUAUGGUGGCACUGUGUAUGUGUGUAGUCAGAUAUCUUUAUAUUGCAUAUAUUUAUACUUCUAUAUGUUUGUUUUUUAACAAAUGGAGUUCCUAUUGACUGACCCAGUGUUUAAACCACUGGUGUAUAUUAGAAUUGUUAUAUACACUGGGUUCCAAAAGUUUCAGACCACUUUCCCAUUGUUGCGUAUUGUCAAUAAGAUGGGAAAAUGUCUUUCUUGUGGUAAAAGCAAUAUAUUCCAUAUAUGUGUAUGUAGCAGAUACGUUUUUUACCAAAGUCUGGGAUCCUCUGCUGCCGGCACAUUGAGACGUUUCUGUGUGAGGAAACUUCUUUCAAAGUUCUGCUUCUUCGAGUGGUGAUUUAGGGUCUGUGGAGCUCCGCCCACUUCCCCAUAGCUCGCCUCAGGGUGCUGCGGAGUGAACUUACUGUAAAUGUGCUGUUUCCAAAGAAUGGGAGAUGCUCUCCAACACUUUCAGGGAAGGUCAACAUCCUGAACGAACAUGUUCCCUAUCCAAACAUGACUCCUACACUGUGAGAGGAGGAGUGUCUAUAGAGGAGCUGAGUGUGCAGUGUGUCAUGUACCACCAGAAUAUGUAAAGUCCAUUUUUAUAUUUAGAAAAACCCUAUUGUAAACAGAUGAAUUUAAACUGCAUUCAAAUGAGAGACUAUCAAACUUAACAGUAAAUAUUGAUGAAAUGAUAUUUUUAUUUCCCUAGUCUUUAUUUAAAAUGGAGUAACAAAAUGUAUUUUAUAAAAUGUAAUAUAACUUUAUGUUUUAUCAUUUUACUAAUGUGUCUGCCAAACUUAUUCCAGUGUCACUAUGCAUUCGUUUCUUGCUUUAACAUUUAUGGUUUUUAUGUUAACUUAACGUAAGGGGUGAGGAUGGGGUCACAUAUACACAAAUGCAUCUUUAUUUUUAAAGAUGCUCCUACAAAAUAAAAGUUCCAUUUUGAAUAUAAGCAAUGACUACACGUAGACUUGUAAACGUUAAAGCAGGAAACUUAAGAGUCUUAGAAUGAAUUAAAACGUCACUUAGACACAGAAUAGAGGUGGAGUCUCUAAUUGGCCUGAUGAAAUGAUGAUGUAAUAACAACAGAAGCAGCUCUGUGACACAGGUUCUUCAGGUUUACUGAGGCCACGUCUAUCACAGAGUUGUUAAUUCUGCUUCCAUGUUGUUUCCUUUGCUUGCCUCCAUCGGUCCAUCUCCUCUUCAUCACGCUGACAGAGAAUCCACUGCUUGUCUGCGAACCCUCCUUUAUUCCUCCAUCUCUUUGCACUCCCUGAUUUACUUUCUUGUUUUAUAACUGCUCUCAUAAACCUCUCCCCCAACGUUUACCGUGAGAACAUGUAGCUGAACUGUAACAUUAUCAGGGAGUCGGAAUGUUUUCAAAGCAUUUCGACACCAAGACAUCGAAGUCUUAGCACUAUCUGUUCCUCUGUUCAGUUUUAAAGGAAGCCUGUUACUUUUACUGUUAAUAGUAUUAUUGAUAAAUAACACUAUCAUCCUGGAAGCCAUUAAAAGAGAGAAUUUGUA